GAAUCACUAACUACAAAGUUAUAUUCAUUGACUGUCGAUUGUGUGCGUGGUGAAGGUAAAAUGAAGAGUGUUAUCGUAUUCACGGUUUUGACUAUUUGGGCAAAUGUAGAUUCUACGCCUUGCUUGUCUUCCCCAUCGCAAUGGUGUGAUUCUUUGGACUCAGCUAUCGAAUGCGGGGUUCUGAAGCAGUGCCUGGAAGCCAAUGCCACCAGGCCGAAAGCACUGGCGCAAUCUGUCCAAGUAGAGCUGUACUUUGAGAGUCUCUGCCCUGGAUGCAGACAAUUCCUCACCACUGUGCUUUUACCCACCUGGGUCUUGCUGCAGGAUAUUAUGAGUGUGACAUUGGUGCCCUUCGGAAAUGCACAAGAAUCCGGAAAAGAGAAACCGUAUACCUUCGUCUGUCAGCACGGUGAGGAAGAGUGUCUUGGUAACAUGAUUGAGACAUGCAUAAUGAAUACUACAGGAAGUCAGGCGUUGCAGAUCAUCUACUGUAUGGAAGCCUCUACUAAUGUGGUCAAAGCUGGUCCCAUGUGUGUGGAGCUCUAUAGCCCCCAAACCAAGUGGGACAGUAUCAUGGCCUGUGUUAAGGGAGCACAGGGCAAUGAGCUGAUGCAUCAGAAUGCCGUGAAGACUGGUUCCUUGAAGCCGGCCCACGAGUAUGUGCCGUGGGUUGUCAUCGAUGGGGUGCACACAGACGAGCUUCAGGAUAAAGCAAUGGCUUCACUCUUCACUCUGGUCUGCAGCAUGUACAAGGGACCCAAGCCUGAAGCCUGUGGUGCAGUCCCAAAGAAACGUCACAGAAGUUACUGUCAUAACGAGUGAAUCCUCUCUCGUCACUGCGUCACCAUACUGACAUUAUGCCUUCGUGUUUAAUGAGCAGAUAUGGAUGGUGACCAUGAAUAGUUAUGGUUACAAACUGUUACUCUGGAACCAAGAAAAGGGAUGCCAUGGGUUGUAUCAGGAAAUAAGAAAUUUCAUGAUAAAUAAGCCCUCUGAUAGCAAUACUUUUUUAUGGAGGGAUGAUGUUUAACUGGUCUUUUGUAACAGGAUGACAAAUAAAGCAAAGUAUUUGAGAAGAUC